CUCAGCAUAUUCCUUAAUCUCUCUGACCAUAGCAUUUGAUCUGUUCAAGGCUCAACAGGCAUGGACUCACAUAUUAAGGUAUUGGUGCGUGUUGGUGGAACGUGGGAUACACUUGGAAACUUCAGUUCAAAGUAUGACACUGUUAUUGAUGUCCGUAAUGAGGUCUCUCUGAAAUCGCUCAUGGACACCAUCAAAGCUGACAUUUCCAUGGACUGGUAUCAAAACGAUAUUCGCUUCUCCUACAUGGUUGCCUUGUGUCCACCGCCUAUCGUUAUUGCAGACGAUUCUGAACUACUAUUCUACCUGAGGCUGAAGUCCUACCAAAAUGACGUGCCAUACCUACCAUUAUGCAUGGAGGUUUUACCUACUGCUACAGUUGCUCAGCUAAAUGGUCAAGCCAAUUCAUCAUGCGCUCUUUCCCCUGACAUCAACAUCUGUUACAAUUCACAUAGUGUGGACUCCACUCCCAACUUAACGGGCCAAAGCAACACAAACCACAUGUCAAUCAAAAUCUCCAGUGGAAAGUCAGAUCACUCAAACAGCAUGAAACGAACCAGCCAAACCAAACGAAGGAGACAUCCAACAAAUCCAGUGGACGUUAUUUCACACUAUCACCCAACCACUCUUCAAGUUGACAGCAUUUACAAGUCCAAGCAAGACUUAUACCACCAUCUACAAAUGUAUGCAGUGUCUAAUAGUUUUCAGUACAAGACAAAGAGGUCCAAUAGAACGGUGUUGCACGUUGUAUGCGUUGAUGCGAGGUGUUCAUGGGCAGUUCGUGCGGUUAGUCUUGACAAUUCCCCGUUGUUCCAGAUACGCAGGUUUGAUUCAUACCAUUCGUGCCCUGUUGACUUACGGGAAGGUGACCACAGGCAAGCAACGUCAACAUUUUUAGCCGAUCUAGUCCUCCAUUGUUAUGUGGAGGCUACCAGGAAACAGUACCCUCCUAAUGACAUAUGGGACGACAUGCGACGGGAGUUUGGCAUUGCAAUGUCAUACAGGAAAGCACUACUCGUCAAACAGAAGGCAUUGAAGAAGUUGUACGGCUCCGACGAAGAAUCCUACCAGUUACUACCAUCUCUUUGCUAUAUGUUGGAGACAAAGAACCCUGGCUCUUCUAUCCGUUUGACUAGGUCCGAAGAUCAGAGAUUCAAGUAUUUGUUCUUCUCUUUAGCCCCGUGGAGACAAGCAUGGAAUCAUUGUGCCCCAAUUCUUGUCAUUGAUGGGACAUUCAUGAAAUCUUACUACAAAGGCACACUAUUAACCGCUUGCGGCCAGGACGCCAAUAAACAGCUUGUCCCCAUCGCCUUUGGAAUAUGUGAUGCAGAAGAUAAGGACUCAUGGAUGUGGUUUCUUAGUGAAUUGAAAACCACCCUGACCCCAAGGCAUGAUCUUUAUAUUAUGUCUGACCGUCACGAGGGAAUCAUUCAUGUCGUUCAAAACAGUUUCCCGAACGCAGGUCAUGGGUACUGUACAGAACACAUUGCCCGAAACCUGCGCACGAAAUUCAAAGGUCCUAAAGAAGACCUAACUUGGAAGUUCAGAAAAGCAUCACGUGCAGCAACUGAGGUGGAGUGCGAGGAGUACCUUCAAAAUGCUGGAAGAGCAAGACCACAGAAUACGUGGACCCAGACAUUUGUGGUAAACCUCAGAGACAAGUCAUGUACGUGCGGGGACUUCCAAUUGGACCAUUUUGUAUGUGUCCACGCUGUGGCAGCAAUAGGAUCUCGUCCAGGACUGUCAUGUUAUAAUUUCAUCUCCCCAUACUACAAACGUGAAGCAUUGGUAGCCACCUACAGCGGUAUUGUGCACCCAAUAGGAGACAAGUCCACAUGGGACAUCCCUUCUGAUGUCAAAACAAUGGUUUGCAAGCCCCCAUUAUGCAACAAGCGCCCCCUGGGAGGCCAAAGAAGAGGAGGCUACCAUCCGUUGGUGAAUUUCAUUUCGGCAAAGGUCGGAAAAAGCAGAAGUGUACCCGGUGCUUGAAGAUGGGACACAAUUUAAAGACAUGCAAAAACCCAAUACCAACUUGACAAUGUUUAUUACUUCCUCUGUCCACCAUAGAUCUUCCCAGACACUAUUCACAGGGUCAAACUUUAUUCACUUUGUUUGCUCAAUUUUACUAGUCAUUUCAUAAAAUAAUAUAGUCUUGUCACCUCUACUUUUGUAGAACUUUUCAUGUAGUUUAUUACUAUAUAAAUUUUAUUUUAAAAUUUUACUCCUAUAAUCAAUUAAAUUGAAUUGA